ACUCGUCAACACUAUGUUGUCCUCUCUUGCUCUUCUGGCCUUCACAAGCGUCUGCCUCGCCACGGGAGACAACGCGCAUGCAAUCGGCCCUCAAAAACCCCUCAGAAGUGCUCAAGAACGAGCAAAGAUACUCGCAGCAUGUCCUGCAUACGAGCACUAUGCAAGAUUUCCACAUCCGCCUUUCUCUGAGGGCCUCAUGUCACUACCCUUCCAGCGUCCGGCUGCGCUCUGUCGAACCUUCGAGUCGGACUUGGUCGAACAAAUCAUUGAUGACAUGAAUGAAAAGAUGGUGGACAAGGAUCUGGCCAGAAUCUUUGAGAACGCUUUCCCAAACACAUUGGAUACCACAGUGCGGUGGCACGUGGACGGCACCGAGAAGACGACCUUGAAGAGCAGUAACGGCGCAUGGGAAGGGCCUCAGAGUUUCAUUGUGACUGGAGACAUCAAUGCAGAAUGGCUUCGAGACUCAACCAACCAACUGGCCCAAUACCAAAAGCUGGCCAANAAGGACAAAGCCAUCGAGAUGCUGAUACUGGGCGCCAUCAACACCCAGGCCGAAUAUGUCAUCGAGUCUCCCUAUUGCAAUGCUUUCCAACCACCGCCGCCCAGCCACCUAGCCNNCCCCUCCAACAAUGGCCAGGAAGAUGUCGUACAUCCAGCUUAUGAGCCAUCAAAGGUUUUCGAAUGCAAGUACGAACUGGACUCGGUAGCCCAUUUCCUGUCCUUGUCCAACCAGUUCUACAACCACACUGGGUCCACUGCUUUCUUGACUCCAAGAUGGUAUGCCGCUUUGGAUACACUGCUUGCAUUGCUCGAUGCGCAGGCUAGACCUACCUUCGACGCUCAGACUGGCGCCUUCCAGCAUAACGAAUACACCUUCAGACGUCGUACAGACGCAGGUACAGAAACCCUUAGCUUGUCUGGCAUUGGUAAUCCCUUGAACAACGGAACCGGCCUCAUUCGGAGUGCAUUCCGCCCGAGCGAUGAUGCUACUAUUCUCGGCUUUUUCAUCCCCGCCAAUGCCAUGAUGGCCGUUGAGCUGAAGCGAGCUUCCAUCAUGCUGGCGAAAGCUGGUAAGGUCAAGCUUGCCGCAGAUUUGAGAACACGCGGCGCGCUCAUUGAGGAAGGUGUAUGGGAGCAUGGCGUUGUAUCGCACAAAAAGUACGGUUCGGUCUUCGCUUUUGAAGUCGAUGGCUAUGGCUCUUCCAUCAUAAUGGAUGACGCCAAUCUGCCAUCCUUGCUUGCCCUUCCAUUGCUCGGCUUUGUGUCCAAAGACGACAAGACGUAUCAAAAUACUCGUCGAAUGAUAUUAGAAAAGAACGGCAAUCCUUACUAUCUUUCUGGUAGAGCACUCAAGGGAAUUGGCGGUCCUCAUAUAGGACUGCAGAAUGCUUGGCCGAUGAGUCUGCUGGUUCAGGCUAUGACCUCGGAUGACGACGAAGAAAUCGAAGAUGCCCUCUCUGCAGUCAAGCGCGUCAGUCAUCUAGGCUUGGUACACGAAAGCAUACACGUUGAGCGUGGAAGAGACUAUACUCGUAAGCAACUCGACUCACAACUGUUCUGGUUUGCCUGGGCGAACUCCGUCUUCGCCCAAACUAUACUAGACGUGGCAGAAAGAAAACCACACAUCCUUUUUGGUCCAGGAGGAAAGCCAUAUAUUGGAUCAACCAUCGCGGGCUAUCACCACCACCAUCAACAAGAAAAUCAUGCAGAACAUCCAGAAGAGAUACCGUUGAGCGAUCUAAACCAUCAAUCUUCUUUGCAACCUUAUGAUCAAGAGGAUGAAGAAGACGAUAAUUCCAGUGUACACAGCUUCGAGCUCUAUACACCAGACGAAGAGAAAUUCUUACUCAGGAAAUUGGAUACCCGUUUGGUAUUGUUCCUGGCACUUUUAUAUAUGCUCUCAUUUCUGGACCGUUCGAAUAUCGGCAAUGCGAGAGUGGCAGGCCUGUCGACAAGUUUGAGACUCAGUUCAGCGCAGUUCGAGUGGUUGCUAACAGGCUUCUACAUCUCUUACAUCUGCUUCGAAUGGAUGACUCUUUUGGUCGCCCUGUCAGUCAAGAUGAAGGUACAAGAUAUUUCCACCACAUGCAUAUAUCUCAAUAUGUGUCCUGGCUUGGGGUUGUCUUGCGUCCCUACAAAGUGCCAGUACAGGGUUUGGUUCGAUGUUGAUACUAAGAAUCCUACUUGGAAUUACGUUCGGUCCAGGAGUACCUUUUAUCUCUCUUUCUUCUACAAGAGAAACGAACUUGCCUUUAGGACUGGACUGUUCAUCUCGGCUGCACCCCUGGCCAGCAGCUUUGCAAGCACUCUGGCGUUCGCCAUUGUCAAGUUCGGAAACAACACCGCCAUCGAAAGUUGGAGGCUCUUGUUCAUCAUAGAAGGGUUUCCCAGCAUACUCGUCGCUGUGUGGGCGUGGUAUGUGAUCCCAGACUCACCGUCGACCGCACCAUGGCUCUCGGCCAGAGAGCGAAAUAUAGCAAGUUUGCGGUUGCGGAAACAAACGGACACAUCUCAAAGCGAUACUUUUGGCAAUAAGCGACCGAAGAGAUUUGACUGGUCUGCUGUGCACAACACCUUGAGCGAUCCAAAGAGCUACUUGACCGCGGGCUGCUUCUUCUCCUUGAAUGUGGCCUUCUCGUCAAUGCCUGUAUUCUCGCCAAUCAUCAUACAGAACAUGGGCUAUUCAGCCAUGAAGGCUCAAGGCCUGGCCGCUCCACCACACCUUUUCGCUUUCGGCGUGGUGCUUAUCACCUCGAUCGUCUCUGACCGGCUACAAUCUCGCUCGAUCCCGAUAAUUAUUCACGCCUGCUCGGCGUUGGUUGGGUAUCUGUUGCUUGCACUUUCUCCAACACUACAUUUAUCAUCGACGGUACAAUACCUAGGUCAUGCCUUGUGUGCUGGCUUUAUGGCGUUGGUUGCGCUGUUGGCUACAGUCUUGAGGCUAUUGCUGAUUAGAGCUAAUUCGUCCUUGUCCGAAGCUCAAGCGUCAUCAAAAGAUGAUGGUGCAGACAAACCGCUGGUUGGGAGCCAUGAGGUUGCAACAGGAGAUUUCAAGUACAUGCUG